GGACUAGAAAUGCAAAUAAGCGGACUAUUCACACGCCAUAGCUGCUUCUAGAAAAAGCCGUUUCCCUGCCUCUUAGUCUCGCCGGUGACCCUCCGCCACUACACAUCUACCAGCAUCGAAAGCUAAUCAGUGCUGCGAAGGCCAUACUCACCUCUCUCUCUUUCUCUCUCUCUCUCACUACUUCUUCCUUUGAGAAACACAAAUCUUUUCAACCAGUAAAAGCUGGCAUAUCUACACCAACAAUAUGAGCGUGGAGCCGUUCAAUCGGUUGGUGAAGCUUGCUGCUCGAGCUUUUUAUGAUGAUAUAACCACGAAAGGAGAUAAUCAACCUAAAACGGGAAGGAGCGAUAACAGAGGAAUUGCUGUGGUGGUGCUUGACGCUCUCACUAGACGACAAUGGGUUAGGGAAGAAGAUUUGGCAAAGGAUUUGAAAUUGCACUCAAAGCAACUUCGUCGAACCCUGCGGUUUUUUGAGGAAGAAAAACUAAUUACUCGAGAUCAUAGGAAAGAGACGGCUAAGGGAGCAAAGAUAUAUAGUGCUGCUGUAGCUGCCACUGCUGAAGGUCAACGGAAUGCAAAAGAGGGGGAGGAAAAGAUAAAGCUACACACUCACUCUUACUGUUGUCUGGAUUAUGCACAGAUAUAUGAUGUUGUUAGGUACAGAUUGCACCGCUUGAGGAAAAAGCUAAAGGAUGAAUUGGAAAACAAGAAUACUGUUCAAGAGUAUAUAUGCCCUAACUGUGGGAGAAGGUACAAUGCCUUGGAUGCGCUGCGGUUGGUUUCUCCAGAUGAUGAGUACUUCCACUGUGAGAAUUGCAAUGGCGAACUUGUGGCAGAGAGUGACAAGUUAGCUGCUCAAGAAGGAGGAGAUGGAGAUGAUAAUGCAAGGAGGCGACGGCGUGAAAAAUUAAAGGACAUGCUUCAAAAAAUGGAGGUACAACUUAAACCAUUAAUGGAUCAACUUAAUAGAGUGAAAGAUUUGGCUGUUCCUGAAUUUGGAAGCCUUCAAGCAUGGGAAGCUCGAGCAAGUGUUGCUGGGCGCGCAGUAAAUGGUGAUUCGAGUUCCAAUGAUCCUUCCAAAUCUUCCCAAGGGCUAGGAUAUGGUAGAACGCCAAUGACAUUUAUUGGGGAGACAAAGGUUAAAUUCGUCCUCUUAAUAUAUGAUUCUGCAUCUACUUCUGACUGCACAGUUGAAGUUGCCUUUUCUGGCAUUGAAGGCAAGGAAGAGGAUGUCAAAUCUCAAACUGGAAGUUCGGGCCUGAAAGUUUUGCCGCCAUGGAUGAUCAAGCAGGGAAUGAAUCUUACGAAAGAGCAACGUGGAGAGGUCAAACAGGAGUCUAAGAUGGAUGGCAUUUCAGCAGCAGAAUUCUCACAUGAGAAGAAGUCCACUAGUGAUGAUGUUGAUAAUAAAAGCUUACAGGAUGAGUACGUUAAAGCCUAUUAUGCUGCUUUGCUUAAGAAGCAACAAGAACUAGAAGAAGCUGCUAAGAACCAAGAGCUGUUGCAAGUAUCCAACUCAAAUGCUGUCCCUGAAUCUGUUUCUAAUCGUCAGGUGGGCAUGAAAUCCAAACGCGAGGAGGACGAAGGGGAAGAUGAUGUUGAAUGGGAAGAGGCCCCAACUGGAGGCAAUUCGGGUGAAAGUUACAAGGUCAAUGACUUGAAUGUUGAAGCAGAAGCUUCAGGAGAGGAGGAGGACGAUAUAGAUUGGGAAGAAGGUUGAGUGUCAAAUUAACUAACUAGGGCAGUGCAUAGGAACAAGAUCUUCAAAUUCAAUAUGAAAGAUAACACAACAGUUGAUCUAGAUGUGUCGCUAUGUAGACAUUCACUUCUAUAAGUUUUUGUCCAUUAAGAACUACUGUUGAUAAUGCCUUGUGUGUUGUAAGUCACUCUCUCUCUUCCCUUGUUAGCACUUUUUGCAUUUCUUUUUUUAUACACAUUGGUGUGGUGAAACUCUCAUAAUUGCUCCAUAAUUAAGCUAACUUUUUUUGAAA